AGAUGAAGCUGAAAAUAUUUACCGCGUUUUUGCUACUCGGUCUGGCGGGCGCCGUCCCCCCCGGCAGGAACCCUCGUGAUGUUACGAUUAUCACGAAGAAAUACUUCUCAGAAUCGUUCGUCAAGUAUACAGCCCAACAUGACAUAGUCAACCUAUUGGUCCCGCUAAACGGUUUAAAUUUUGACGAUUUAAGUUCCGCCAUAGAAGAGUCCAUGAAAACGCACACUACCUCAGAAGAUAUACGUAAAGUAACCGUAUUCUUUGCUGAAGCUGACAUCGAUGCAAGCGGAAAGCGAACGUACAAAGGCCUAUACGCAUUGAAAGAUGGCAAAGCGCGGAGGAUUCUUGAAAACGGAAGAGACGCCUCCGCUUCAGUUGAUGAUAAUAAAGUAGUAUUCCUAGCUGCAAGUGACGGUGUGUAUGUUUUCGAUGGUGAAGACCGAUCUGUUCAAAAGUACGGAUCCAUUACUGACAGUAUCAUAGGUAUCGCUAAAGAGAGUGAAGGUGAAUUAUUAUAUAUCUUAACUGAAGACAACUCUGUAUACAAAGUCACUGACAAUGGAAACAAAAAGGAAAAACUUGAGGACGUCAACGACGCUCAGCAAAUCAAACUAGACAAUGACGGCAAUCUGUUCUUCUACACGCCGGAUAAGAAAGUUCACGUGCGGACAUCUGAAGGUGUUAAAACGAUCGACAGCUUGCCUGAAAACCCUUCGGACAUCGUGCUUGUCAACUGUCCGGUUGUCCUUGAAGAAGGAUUGACGAUCCUGGUCGAUCGCGACCUGUAUAUUGUUUACAAAAAUGGAACCAGUAUAUUUUAUGGGCUUGAAUUCGCACCAGAUUUUAUGCCUACCGCUUUCGGUCCAGACGCGACACUUUUCCAAUAUUAUGCGUACGAUAAGAAAAUUUACGAGUUCAAUGUUAUUGAGCUGCUUAGUGAGGAGGAAUCGAAGAGGAAAAACAACGUGGGUGACAGCGCUGAUGGUUUAUUAAAAUUUGUAUCUGAGAAACAAAAGCAACGAAAUAAGGUAUAAGUUAGCUGAGAU